CUACUAAAGAUGUUUGCUUCACAUGUGUUGUUUUAUUAUUGGAAUUGAAUGAUAUUUUUUUAACAAAAAAUUUUUUCUUAUUACACUAAGCUACUAAUCUUCCCUCUAAAUAAGUAUAAAUAUAUUUGUUUUAUUUUUUAAGAUAAUGAUGCUAGUUGUCUAUUUAAUAUUUUUAUUUACAGUUUGGGCGAAUUGUAUUCAAAGUGGCUUAAAAGGGCUACACAGCUCCCGUCUGCUAGGCCAUUGCUGCAUCCUCCAUAUAUCCCAGUGCUCCGUGAUAUAUUAACUCGUGGACGACGUAGUUCUGUACGGCAUGCUAGACCAACCAUAGAAAGACCUCCACGACCUGCAUCACCGGCACCACAACAGCUCAUAACAUGUGAUACUUUACAUUCCUCUUCACAAGAACCUGAACAGUUUGCUUCUCCGGCAAAUGAAUUGAGUGUAGCAUCUGUAGCUGAACAACCUUCUGCAGCUGAACAACCUUCUGCAGCUGAACAACCUUCUGCAGUUGAACAACCUUCUGUAGCUGUACAACCUUCUGCAUUUAAACAAGUACGGCCAAAAUCACAUUUACCGAUAUGCCCUGUGCCAGUUAGGCCUACAGGACCUGCAAUAGCUGAACCACAAAGGAAUAUAGCCAAUGUACCACAUACUCCACUUGUAUCAGAAAAGAUAAUAAAACCAGACUCAAUAUGGACUCCACCACACACAUCUGACUCACAAUUUCCCAAAUCACAACAAAUUACACUAUAUGCUGUUGAGCAACCUAUAGCAAACGAAGAAGAACAGUUGAUGUAUGAAUAUGAAGGGCGCAAUGAAUCCGAUAAUGAAGGGUACAAUCAACUCGGGUAUGAGACCCCACCUAUACCUGCUGAAGAGCAGCUGCUAAUGCCACUUGACCUUGAACAGAUUACACUACCCGAUAUUGAGUAUCCAUAUAUACGAGUGCACCGUGAUAUAUUAACUCGUGCACGACGUAGUUCUGUACGGCAUGCUAGACCAACCAUACAAAGACCUCCACGACCUGCAUCACCAGCACCACAACAGCUCAUAACAUGUGAUCCUUUACAUUCCUCUUCACAAGAACCUGUACAGUUUGCUCCUCCGGCAAAUGAAUUGAGUGUAGCAUCUGUAGCUGAACAACCUUCUGCAUUUAAACAAGUACGGCCAAAAUCACAAUUACCGAUACGGCCUGUGCCAGCUAGGCCUACAGGACCUGCCAUAGCUGAACCACGAAUGAAUAUAGCCAAUGUACCACAUACUCCACUUGCCCCACCUAUACCUGCUGAAGAGCAGCUGCUUAUGCCACUUGACCUUAGACAGAUUACACUACCUGAUAUUGAGUAUCCAUAUAUACAAGUGCACCGUGAUAUAUUAACUCGUGGACGACGUAGUUCUGUACGGCAUGCUAGACCAACCAUACAAAGACCUCCACGACCUGCAUCACCGGCACCACAACAGCUCAUAACAUGUUAUCCUUUACAUUCCUCUUCACAAGAACCUAUACAGUUUGCUCCUCCGGCAAAUGAAUUGAGUAUAGCAUCUGUAGCUGAACAACUUUCUGCAGCUGAACAACCUUCUGCAUUUAAACAAGUACGGCCAAAAUCACAUUUACCGAUACGCCCUGUGCCAGUUAGGCCUACAGGACCUGCAAUAGCUGAACCACGAAGGAAUAUAGCCAAUGUACCACAUACUCCACUUGUAUCAGAAAAGAUGAUAAAACCAGACUCAAUAUGGACUCCACCACACACAUCUGACUCACAAUUUCCCAAAUCACAACAAAUUACACUAUAUACUGUUGAGCAACCUGUAGCAAACGAAGAAGAACAGUUGAUGUAUGAAUAUGAAGGGCGCAAUGAAUCUGAUAAUGAAGGGCACAAUGAACUCGAAUAUGAAGGGCACAAUCAACUCGAGUAUGAGACCCCACCUAUACCUGCUGAAGAGCAGCUGCCUAUGCCACUAGACCUUGGACAGAUUACACUACCUGAUAUUGAGUAUCCAACAGCAGCAGUAGGAGAAGAACUUAUGCAUGAUCAUGCACAACAAACAUUAACUGAGAGACAGUGGCCUAUUCAACAAGGACUUGGACAGAUUACACCUACUGCCGAAGAACAACAAUUUAUGUAUGAAUAUGCAUUGCAUAAUGCAUUUAGACAUGAGCAACAAACAACACAUGAGCCACAGUGGCGUACAUCUCAAGAGUUGGAACCAAUUGGUCUUGUUCCACAUGCCUUUGUACCAUGGCAGUUACCUUGCAUGUAUUGCGGAAUGAGGUAUUCUGAUCCAAUUCAUCGUGUUGAUCAUGAUGGCAGAGAAUUUCCUCCCUUUUAUAUUAGUCUAAUGAAAUAAAUAUAUAAGUCUAACAUAAUUGUUAAGUUCAGUAUUGUGUAUUCAGUAUAUUUACUGUAAUCAGUUUAAGUAUUCUAUAUUUAUAACCUAUACUUGUAAUCUAUAUUUGAUAUUUUUAUAUUUGUAAUCUCUAUUUUUAAUCAUGAAAAUAUAAAAUUAUGCGUUUUCUGAGAAUUUUUAUUUUAACUAUAGAUGAGUUUUUUUCCUUAGGAAAUAUAGUAAUUCAACAAAAACUCCAAAAAAGGGUGUGGAUAGGAAAGGGAUAAGAAUUCCAGCUGAACACAAGAAAAAUUGGUAAAUCUGGUGAUUGGGAUGAAAUAGCUAUACAUUUCUUGAAAUUAUCGUAUAGUAUAAUAAGCUCAGUAUUGUCCCAUAUCUUUAACCAAGCACUGCAGUGUGAAACUUUCUCUACACUCCUAAAAUUGUCAAAAGCUAUCUCUAUUUUUGUAAAAAAGGAUCUCUAAUAAUCAUCCAAUUUCCUUUUUAAGUAAUGUUUAACAAAUAAUUAAGGGAGCUCUCCAUAACUGACAGAAUGAUUUUUUUAGAGGCAAAUAAUCUUAUUAAUAAUGAGUAAUUUGGAUUUAGGAAGAAUAGAAACUGAAACAUCAUCCCUCAAAUCAUUUGUGAAUGGUGUGUCUGGGGCCUUGGAUGGGUUACAGUUACAUCUGGUGUUUUUUGCAACAUUUCUAAGGCUUUUGAUCGUGUUAAUCACAGACAUUUGUUAGUAAUAUUUGUAGCAUUGGCAUGAGGCAAAAUGCACUUAAUAUCUUGCAGUAGUAUUUGAAUAAAAGUAAUUAGAACUAUCAUUUAAAAAGGUCAAAUAGCUUAAGUGUACAUGAUCUAAUGUUUGUUUUGUAGUCCCACAAAGGUCAGUCUUGGGACCUAUUUUAUUCUUAAUCUAUAUAAAUAAUCUCUCUGAUGACCUUUCCCUUAAUAUCACACUUUUUGCUGAUAGUUCAAGUGUCCUAAUUAUUAAAAUGAAUACUGAAUUAUAAAAAUCAGAAUCAGCAGUAUGCUUGAUUUGAAAAUUGUUUGAAACAAAUGGACUUUUACUAAUUAAUUCUAAAACAAAUACUAUACAGUUUCAAGCUAGACAAAAUCUAAAUAUACAAUUAGACAGUAAUAAAUAUAACUUCUCUUUUAAUAUAUUUGUAGGAAUAUUGAUUGAUCAAAUUUUAAAUUUUAAAGUACACAGCCAAUAUUUGUCACUAAAGUUAAAUACAUUUAGAUUUGCAAUGAGGAUUUUGGUUAAUACAGUUUCUCUUCAAAGUCACAAAACUGUUUGUUUAUCUACAUCUAAUAUGUUUUAAAAUAUGGAAUAUUAAUAUGGGGAUCCUCAAACAGUACAGAUAAAUCCCUACAGUUGCUGACCUUAAUUCAAACUAACUAAAAUUUUAGACUAUGAUCUUGUCUUUAUAUAUAUGAAAAUUUGAUAGCAGUGUACAGAGACCCCUUAGCAUUUGAAAAGUUUUAUAAACAUAUGUACAACAUUAGACAAAAAAACAAUUUUUAAUUAUCCGAUACAUAAUUUAACUCU